UUUGCAAAUGAGUGUUCGGAGUCAGUUGUUGACUUCUCAACCAAUCAUAAACAAAAAAAUUCCUCUGAAAUACUCAUCUCCAGUUGACGCCGGUUAAUACGGAGAAGUUAAUACGGAGGGAAAUUUGAGCUUAGUCGUUCUUCACUGUUAAAGUCUUUUAAGGACAUUUUUCGAGGCAAAAGUAAGUUGAGAACCUGCUACCGUAUCUUUUUCAAUCCUUCGUAAUCAGAAAAACACUCAGUAGCCAUGGGAAAACAUCACAUAAUGCUGUCUUACCAGUGGAACAAGCAGAACCUCGUAGAGAAAGUGUAUAACGGUUUACGUGAACACGGUAUAGACGCCUGGAUGGAUACGCACGGUGGAGUCACGGGCAACAUUAACGACAGCAUGGCCAAGGGAGUGGAUGGAGCGGCCGUCGUCUGCUGUUUCAUGACAGCGGAUUACUUCGGCUCAAAGAACUGUAAAAAGGAAUUGAACUACGCAGAUGCUCAAUCAAGAGCCAUCGUCCCUGUGAUGUGCGAGAAGGGGUUCAAAGCGACAGGUUGGUUAGGCGUUAUCACUGCUGGGCUUCUGUGGAUUGACUUUAGGGAAGGAACUGUAUUCGAGAAUUCACUGGAGUCCCUAGUUAAGGAGAUAAUUAACUCCCUGGAGUCUGUACCCGUGGAUGAUAUUAAGCUGAGUCCAGAGAUGGAGAUAAUAAAGAAACCCGGACGAGCCUUCCAACACAAACUCACUGGAAAAUUCCUGGCGGAGUCAGGUCAGGUGAAGUUUCACCCUGCAAGUGGCAACCGCAGCACUUUGGUUAUGAGGGACCGUGCUGAGGAUACAAGCUACUGGGUCGAGGAAAAGCAACCCAAGUCAGAGAUUCAUUUCUUCAAAAACUACGCCACUAAUGGAUAUCUAGGGUAUGACCCCAACGGCGAUUACAUUUACACCAAGGGCCAGCAUUACGGGGCGGAGGAAUGGGUUCUAAAGGCGGAUGACCACUCCACGGACGGCCUCAGGGCGGUCGUGCUGUUUGCAAAUUAUGGCAAGAAGUACUUGGCAAUUAGAAAUGGAAAGCUAACUGGAGUAGCACAAUAUUCUGAGGACUGUAUAUGGAUUUUGGAUUAAGAUAAGUUGACGCAUCGGCGGCCUUUGUCAGCAUUCUUAUGAUUAAUUAACGCGUACGUAGUGAGUACAAACAGUUGCUAAUUGAGAACUCGGAUGCAAAUGAAAUGAGUUGCUUACAAUAAAUGUUAAAUAACAUG